GUAUGUUGUUGUUUUUGUUGUUUUCUGGGUUGAGCUGACGGUGGAAAGAUAAAAAAACUCAAUCGUUGAUUUUGUUCUUAAUAAUUUUCUGCAUACUAAUUGUCGGAAAACAAGUUCGAUAAGUGCACGUUUUUAACCUGUUUUGUGAAUUCUAUAAAGUGUGUUAGGUUCAAAAUGAUUUUGCGUAAGCCCGGGGACAUGGCUCUCAUCAACGAAAAGUGAUAUCGCUUCGAUUUGUUUUGGUUUUGGGUGGAGCCGACUGACGGACAAUGGAAUCCGGAAUUGCCGCAUUCGAUCCGAAUGACCUGAUAAGCUACUCCCCUGAGGAAUCGGAAGAUGAAGGAGAGCCCCCACCGGAACCGGAAAUGUCCACGCCGGAAGUUGUUGCUCCACAGGAGAAGUCGGCAGAAGCUGGUGCGGCAAUCGAUUUGGCCGCUAUUUCCGGAGAGGAAAUUCAGUUGACGGUGCCCUCGGCUUCCGUUGGGACGACCGCUGGCCAGGUGCGGAAUCCGUUGGAUGGGGCGCGAUUCAAGUGCAAGUUUUGUCCGACCUUCACAACCACGGCGGAAGAUUUCAUCAAACAUUUCAUUAUGCACUUCGGUCGGAAUCGGAUAUCGUAUAAGCAGAUGUCCCAGGAGGAAGCUCGUGCUCUCCCGAAUGCUUGCGAGAAGUUCGUUUGUGGGAUUUGUGCUCGGUGCUUCGAAACGAGGGAUGAAGUUAAGGACCACAUGAUCAAGGAUCAUGGAUUUAAGGAGGCAAAGCCGAAGGAAUCAGGGGAAGCACCUCCGGCACCUGUCCCCGUCCCUUCGGUGGGAGUCAAACGUAAAUUGGACGAUGAUUUUGUCGAUUCGCAGAAGCUUCAAUUGAGCGGCGAUUCGUCGAGUUCAUCGGAGGAAGGAACAGAGAAUAAGAAAUUGUCCUCGGCCAAAACUUCUGUGGCCGUAGUUCCUCAAUCAACGGUGGCAGGAACUUCAGUGACGGUUUCUGCAGCAGCAGCUGUUAUCAGUCCAAGUGUCCCAUCGUCAGUAGUCUGUGAUAGUGAAACACCAAAUCUUCCCUCGACAACUCAACCUGCAGCAGCUGGAGUUCAACCUCAUCCAGUUUCCAACGCUGCGAAUUCUAGUGCAGUAGCUCCAGCGCCCACACCUCAGCUUCCCAAGCCAGCCGAGGGAGAGGAUGCCGAAUUGAACGAGUAUCUUCAACCGAUGACGCUCAAAACGCUAAAACUCCGACUGCUAGCCGGACUGAAGCUGAAAUGUCCCCAAAAAGGUUGUGUCUACAAGUUCGAAACCCGAGCCAAACGAGACAUUCAUCUGAAGUGUCACAAUGUGGAACCAGCGCUGAUUGGACCCGGUGGACCAGUGCCCGGAACUGCAGCAACUGGAACCUCGGCGAAGGAGGAAAAGAAGGACAACUUCAAGUGCUACCAGUGCGGCGUUGAGUUUCCCCGGUGGAGAGAGUGUUGUCAGCAUCUGUGGAAGCAGCACCAAAUCGAUGUCAAUAUGCUCAAGUGUCCCGUUUGCGAUGUGCGGUUCGAGUUUGCCGUGAAAGUCUAUCGACAUCUUCAGACGCAUCGCCCGGUAAAAGCUUAUAGUUGCACGUCUUGUGGAAAGUCAUUUGCUACCCAUUCGCAGCUUUUGGUCCACGAGUCUCUCCACAAGAAGCAACAAAUGCAACGUGCCAAGCUGAAAGCAGCUGCUUCGAAAGAGGCCGGAACUGACGCGGAAGGCAAAGCGGUUGAGGCCGACAACGAAGGCAACGGAGACGAUGAGGCCGAAGAGGAAGCAAAUGCCGACGGGGAAGGCAAACCGAAAGCGGAAAAGUUACCAUGGUAUGCCGAGCGGAAGUGCGACAUCUGUGGGCACAUGUUUGGGACGUCGAAAAUUUUGUCCAAGCACAUCAAAACGGUUCACCACAAGAUCAAACCGUUUAUCUGCAGCGUUUGUGGGUACAAGUCGGCACGGAAGAUUACCUUGACGAUCCACAUGCGUCAACAUUCGGGUCAAAAGCCGCUGGAAUGCAAGGAGUGUCCGUUCAGAACGGCUGAUCCCAGCGCACUGAAGCACCACGAGAAGCGUCAUACCAAGGACAAAUGGUACGAGUGCAAAUUCUGCGGGCUGCUCACCAUCCAAGCCAGCGGCCUGAAGGCCCACAUCAGACUGAAUCAUCCAAAGGAGUUCGAAACGAUGAAGUGCGACCUGUGCAACUUCACCUCGGUCAAUCCGGAACUGUUGGCUCGGCACAAAAGCGACCACAAGGCCGGAUUGAUCAAGAGUGAAGAUUCGCACGAUUCGGUUUCAUCGAAGCGAUCGAAAAACGCUCCGGAGAGCUCGUCGGAUUGCUUCCUGCCGAUCGAGAGCACCGAUUCGGUGGUGCACGACGCCGGUGGGUUCACCAUUCCGGCGGUAAUCAACGCACCGGUUGCACACUCGGAGGAAACGCAGUUUCCCACUUGAUAAGGUUUGUGAAUUGGCGCGCGGUUUUAGUGACAGCAAAUUCAAACGAUUUCGAAUGCGAAUAUGUUUCUCUAUACACAACAAUCUAUACAUAAAAAUGCAUGUUAGCUUCUAUAAAUCGGCAAGCGAUCACACGCACCUCGAAUGCUAUAGCUUGCAUAUUGUGCGUGCUUUGUGUAAGUCGACUGCUUCUAAAGCGGCUUCUUUGUAUCUUGUAUUUUAUUUAGUUAGAUUUUUUUAAAUUGUGACACAAUAUAGUAUAGCUGUUUAACACAUAAUAUUGUCUGAAGCGCUUGCUUGAAAAAUGAA